UGCGCACGCGGCCGCAACACCGUCGCCAUCAUGCAGCGGCGUGAGCGAGGAGUCGCGCAAUCGCUGGGCAUCCACCUCACGCGCAAAGUGAAGGAGAGUCGCGUGCUGCUGGUGGGCGCCGGCGGCAUUGGCUGCGAACUGCUCAAGAACCUGGUCUGUUGCGGCUUUGGCAGCGGCUUCAAGACGCCUCGGGUACAGAACAAUGCAGGCGCGGCGCAAGCGGCGCAGCACACUGAUCUCGCCGAACCGCCGAAUACCAAGAAGGCGGAGAUCGUGGUCGUAGAUCUGGACACCAUCGACCUGAGCAAUCUCAAUCGCCAGUUCCUAUUCAGGAAGCAUCACAUCAAGAAACCCAAGGCAUUUGUCGCGAAGGAAACGGCCAGCGCAUUCAAUCCAAGCGUGAACAUCGAUGCGCACCACGCCUCCAUCUUCGAUGCCCAGUACGAUGUCGAGUUCUUCGAAAGCUUCGACAUCGUCUUCAACGCUCUGGACAACCUGGCUGCGCGACGGCACGUGAACCGCAUGUGCCUGGCUGCCGAUGUGCCCUUGAUCGAAAGUGGCACCACAGGCUUCAAUGGGCAGGUACAGGCCAUACGGAAAGGUGUCACCGAAUGCUACGAUUGCAAUGAGAAGCCGGUUCAGAAAUCCUUUCCCAUCUGCACAAUCCGAUCGACUCCGUCGCAACCCAUACACUGCAUAGUCUGGGCCAAGUCAUAUCUCCUUCCCGAGCUGUUUGGCACGAGCGAGGAAGAUUCGUCAGAUGUAACAGUCACGGGCGAGGACAAUGCGGAGGAGGUCGCCAAACUGAAAGAAGAGGCCGAGGCGCUGAAGAAGAUUCGGAGUCUGAUGGGCAAGGAUGACUUCGCGAAAGAGGUAUUCAACAAGGUCUAUGGGGAUGACGUUGAUCGUCUACGCUCCAUGAGCGAGAUGUGGCAAAGCCGGACACCACCGAACCCAUUGCGGUUCGAGAAUGUCUGCAUCGACAGGAACCCUGAGCUACCAGGCGCCGAAUUGGCGACUCAAGAUCAAAAUGUGUGGUCAUUAUUGGACAACCUCAAGGUCUUCUGCUACAGCAUCCGGCAGCUGAGCAAGCGCGUCGCAAGUGGUGAGAGCUCCAUCGAGUUUGACAAGGACGAUAAGGAUACCCUCGAUUUCGUUGCAUCGGCCGCCAAUCUGAGAUCGCACGUAUUCAGCAUCCCAGUGAACAGCGAAUGGGAAAUCAAGCAGAUGGCCGGCAACAUCAUUCCUGCUAUCGCCACCUCAAAUGCAUUGACGGCAUCGCUCUGUGUCCUGCAAGCUUUCAAAGUGAUGAGGUCACAAACGCCCAAGCCACAAACGUUCCAAUCGACAGCGAACAAUCAUGUUCCUGAUACGGUGCCACCGAAUACGAAUGGCAACACUGGUCCGAUCAUGGGUGGCAGUAAAAUGGUUUUCCUCAACUCGAAGAGCACCGACCGCAUGAUCACCACGGAACAACUACUUCCACCCCGGAAAGAUUGUCCGGUGUGCUCGCCGGUCUAUGCCAAAUUAACGAUCAGAAGCGGUGCGGAUCCGAAAAUGCAGAACCUGGUUGACGCAUUGAGGAACAGCUCAAAUUACGAAGAUCUGUCAAUAGUGUACAAUGAGCAAGUCAUCUACGACCCAGACCUCGAGGAGAAUCUGGAGAAACCAUUGUCGGAAUUUGGUAUCGAUGGCAAGGGCAUCAAUUUCCUUACAGUGCAGGACGAUGCCGAUGAGCCAAAGGUGGACCUCGUCCUCAGUGUCAAGUUGAAGACAAUAGAAGGCGAUGAUGAUCUUGUGCUCUCGCCAAGUACGCUCGUGCUUCCGACAAAGCCGCCGAAGGCCAUAGAACCGACGAAUGGAGGAGUUGACGAUGCUCCUGAACCUAUGAAUGCCAGCGCCGAGCUGCUUAACGGUAAACGCAAGCGCGAAGCCGAGGACGACAUCGAGGCCCCCAACAAGAAGGCGAAGGCGCAGUCACAGGCUGAAGCAUACGUAGUAGAAGACGACGGCGCUAUUCUACUCGAUUGAGUCGAGUGAUUCUCCAACUGAAGUACCCCCAGAUUCGGUACUUCAGGCACUAUGCGAUUGUAGUAUGCGACACGAUACCCUCGGUGAUGAUUUGCAUGGCGUAAGAGGCUAUUCGCGAUGCAUGGAAGCGGCAGGCGUUUGGGUAAGGGAACACAUCGGGAAAGAGGACCUGCGUAUCUGAAGUGCUCAGAUCGCCUCUCAGGUUGUCUUUUUUGCCCACUAUCCUUUCGGCAUUAUGGCCAGAUUUUCGGUUUGCUUCCGUGAUCAGGCGCAAGGUGUGCGCAGCACAGUCCGCCACCUUGCCAUUGAUCCAGUUCAGGUUGAGCUGAUGGAUGUGUUAGUAGUGAAGAACAAUGAAAUCAAAACUUCGAGCACUGCCAGUUUCCAACUAUCAUCUUCUCAACCAUCACGGUGCGCCAC